UGUGAGGGUAAGGGCGUGAAGUUGAAGAUAUCGCGCCUCUAGGCGUGAACAAGCUCGGACCAUCUCGACGCUAUGCGGAACCACAAGCUCGGAGGUCUCUCGAAUGAACUCAACAUACAACCCCCCACACACCUCCAAUCUAAUGACCCGAUUGCUUCGCCGCCUUCACGGUGUGAUAUAACACCACAACCGGACCCCUCUCCAUUCGUCCACCACCGCCUCCCUACGACAUGGCACCCUCCGCAACCACCGAGACACCACCCGUCGCCGGGCGCAACUCGCCCAAACCACCGCCAGCUAAGAUCUGGAGCGUCAGCGAGCCGCCAUUCGAAGGCUUCAAACCCAUAGACACCGAGGGAUAUGCGCGCAGCAACAGGGAGACAGCGAUCGUGAUUGACAAUGGCUCAUCCGCAGUUCGCGCCGGCUGGUCCUUCGACUCCAAACCUCGAAUAUCGUUUCCCCCGCUCAUGGCGCGGUAUAGGGACCGCAAACUCAAUCGGACAUUCACAUUUGUCGGGUCGGACGUGUACUCUGACGGCACGGCGCGCGGGCAGGCGAAGAACAUCUACGAGCCAGGAUCUAAUAUCAUAAACAACUGGGACGUGCAAGAAGGGGUGCUGGAUUAUUGUUUCAUAAAACUGGGCGUGGAUGGGCAGAAUGGGAGUAUAGAUCGGCCGAUUGUCAUGACGGAACCUGUGGCCAACUUGGGAUACACGCGAAAGACCAUGUCCGAGAUCCUCUUCGAAUGCUACGGCGCCCCCUCGGUAGCCUACGGCAUCGACUCGCUCUUCUCCUACUCGUACAACGGCGGCAGACACGGCCUCGUCGUCUCCUCCUCCUACACCGCAACCCACGUCAUCCCCGUCGUCGACUCCAAAGCCGUCCUCUCCCAAGCCACGCGCCUCAACUGGGGCCGCUUCCAAUCCGCAGAGUACCUCCUCAAACUCCUCCGACUGAAAUACCCAGCCUUCCCCGGCAAGAUCAGCGACACGCAGGCCGAAGACUUGGUGCGCGAGCAUUGCUACGUAAGCCAGGAUUACGAGCAGGAACUGAGCCACUACCUCGACUGGACGGGCCUCGAGGACCGCGAUCACAUCGUCCAGUUCCCCUACGCCGAACAAGUCGUCGUGCAGAAGACGGAAGAGGAACUCGCCGCCGCAGCCGAGAAGCGCAAGGAAAGCGGUCGCCGGCUCCAGGCGCAGGCCGCGAAAAUGCGCCUCGAGAAGCUGAAGCGCAAGGAGGAGGAACUGGAGUACUACAUCCAGCUGCAGGCGCAGCUGCAAAACACGACCAAGAAGGACGCCAAGCGGAUCCUCGACUCCAACGACUUCGACGACGAAUCGCAGCUGGAGAAGCGCAUCAAGGAGCUCGAGAAAUCGGUCAAGAAGGCCCGGAAUAAAGACGUCGGCGACGCCGACGAGGAAGAGCAAAAGGAGGAACCGACGUUCCCCCUCCUGGACGUCCCGGACGACCAGCUCGACGAAGACGGCCUCAAGCAGAAGCGCCAACAGCGCCUCAACAAGGCAAACUACGAAGCGCGGCAACGCGCAAAGGCCGAGAAGGAAAAGGAAAAGGCCAGAUUAGCGGAAGAGCAACGGCUCGACGACGAGCGCCGCCAAAACGACUUCGAGGGGUGGGUGGGCGAGCGCCGCAUGGCGCGACAAGCCAUCAUCGCCAAGAUCAAGGAGCGCGAGCGCCUCAGGGCCGAGCUCGGCACGCGCAAGAGCCUCGCGAACCAGAUGCGCAUGAAGGCCGUGGCGAACCUGGCGUCGGACAACCCGACCAAGAAGCGGCGGCGCGGCGGCGGCGACGACGACACGUUUGGCGCCGACGACGCGGAUUGGGGCGUCUACCGCACCAUUGCCACGGGCGAGGGCAGCGACGAUGAAGAAGAAGAGGACCUGAAUCGCGAGUUGAAGAACCUCGAAGCCCAGCUUUUGAAGCACGAUCCAGAGUUCACCGAGGAGUCGACGCGCGAGGCGCAGAUGGACUGGACGAGGAGUAAAUUACAUGCGUUCCUGCGGGGGCCCUGGCCGUUUGAUGCGCAGAGUCAGCGCGAGGCGAAUCAGAUUCAUCUCAAUGUCGAGAGGAUACGCGUGCCCGAGGUGGUGUUCCAGCCGAGUAUUGCGGGUUUGGAUCAGGCGGGCAUCGUGGAGAUUGCGGCGACCAUUCUGAAUGAGCGGCUGGCGGACUCGGCUUACAGGAAGGAUGUCCUGAAAGAUAUUUUCCUGACCGGAGGGAACACAAUGUUCCAGGGUUUCGAAGAGAGGUUGCGGAAUGAACUGCGUGCUGUACUGCCGGCGGAGGAGGAAUUGAGGGUAAGGAGAGCGGGCGAUUGUGUACUGGAUGCGUGGAGGGGAGCGGCCAAGUGGGCGGGGAGUGCAAAGGCGAAGGCGGCGUUUGUGACGAGGGCCGAGUUUAUGGAGAAGGGCGGCGAUUAUCUCAAGGAGCAUGAUUUGGGGAAUUCGGUGGCGCUGUGAGGUCGUAGAGCAUUUUGGUAGUGUUCAUUAGGUAUCGGUGUUGGGCGAUUGGGCGAUGGAGGCCGUUAUGGUUAUACUUUCAGGUUGGAGUUCAGGCAAUAAGGAACAUGGUGAAAUGUUCCGGCUUAGGUAUAAGAGACAGUGCAAAGGACUAAACUGGACGUUUAGAGCUCUGUUACAUUUAUUGGAAACCAUGCCUC